AUGGCCACUCAUCCACUCGAGAACAUUCAGGACGUUCGCCAGGUUUCGCCCAUGCCGAACUCCGCCAACAGCGCCAUCGACGAGGCCAGAUUGAGUCCGCGUCAGAACACAGCUAUUUCGUCUUGCAAACCACCGUCACGUCACCUCGCAGUCUUCCAAGCCAGUGCAGCAGGCAUUGCCGCUCAAAAGGUAUUCGACAUGUGCGAACUGCUCGAACAGAUUCUGUCGUACAGCGAACCUGUUGAUUUGCUUCGUGCGAUGAGCACACAGCGCUGCUGGAAGGACACGAUCGAAGGAUCCCUCAAGCUCAAGAGGCUGCUUGGUCUAGCGCCUACCGGCAAGGCAUUCUACUCGCCUUUCUUUGACCAGUCAGCCGAUUAUCGAGGCACGGUGACAAGACGGUUCAUGAAGGAAGACCAGCACAUCCUGACGUGCAGGAUGUUCUAUCCCGGCGAUGUGGAGGCAACUAGAAACCCGAUGGCGACCUCCGAUCAGUUCUGUACAAUCUCCGUCGAAGUCAUUCACUGCCCGACCAGAACCAUACCCAGCAUAUGGACUCGUAGCUUUGGCUCUCGCGCACGCGACAUGGCCAUUUGCAACCCUCCGAUCAACGUCCUUUGGCCCACGGCGGAAUGCAAGGACCGCAGUCAUGAAUUGGAGGAUUACGGCUGCUUUAACGAGGACUUUGAGCCCAUCUACAGUACGUCGGAACGCGGCUUCACUGUAGGCGAGCUCGCGGAUGCUGUCGUCUCGCUUGCCGGGUCCAAGCAUCUUGACUGCAAGUCUUGGCGGCAGUUCUACUGGCAUGGCGCGGCGCAAGUUGAAGUUGGAGAUCCACUCGUGGCGUCGUGGAUCGAACAGCGUGCCAGGCAGCAGUUGGAGAUAGAUUGCGCCAACUCCCAAACUGGUUCAUACUCCGAUAUAGGAGAGGAGGACGACGUGGAGCCGUGGAGUGAGCAGACCUCGGAGCACAACACCGAAUCCGAGCAUACAGACGAUGACGAGCACGAUGAAGACGGUUUGGGUCGGGACGGAGCUGACUGGGAUGAGACCAAAGAAGAGCGCGCGCAGCUCAUAUGGCAAACGAUCAAUGCUGGUAAGGGAGCACGCACCAAGAUCAACGAGCAAGAUUUCGACAGGCUCAAGGCUUUGAUCGAAUCGACAUACAGCAACGCAACUCUCACACGCCGAACGCCACACGCCGAGGAAGAGCUCGAGUGGUCCGUCAGUCCGCCGGCAAAGUCACGAGGCGAAGCGGAGGAUGCUGAAGUCGACCGCGAUGAGGCGGAGCCCGCUGUCUGA